GUCGCUCUCUGCAUUGAGCUCCGGAGAGACAGCAUGGAGAGGACGUCUCUGCUCGCGCGCACCGCCUCGCCACUUCUCAACAUUCCUCCAAUGGCUUAGCUCACCUUCCCUUUUUUUAAAUUCUUUUUUUUAUUCCUUCUCCGAUUUUUUUUUAUAAAUGUCGGACACGUUCUAACAUUUUGGACAAAAACUAAAAGAACUCGGCUGACUUUUCACUUUUGUUUUCACGCGUCGUUAAUCGGCCUGAAGCUUUUCGCAGCCUGAGCGACAUGAGCGCAGGAAAACUUCUGCGCCUCGGGAUGGAAGUACCUGUCCUGUUUUUGCUCAUCCACCUGACCCGCACUGAGAUCACAGCGCUGCUGGCGAGCCGGCUGGAAGUACACGCUGGAUGUCCCCUCGGCCAGUUCCCCUGUGGGAACAUAAGUGAGUGUCUCCCUCAGGCUCUGCAGUGUAACGGGCACAGAGACUGUCCCAACGGAGCUGACGAGCGGCGCUGUGGGGACAACAUCGGGUGGGCCGACUUAAUUGGCCAAACACUGCAGGAUGCCAAUGACGUGGACAAUUACUUCCGGGAUGAGUGUUUCUUGCAGGAGUAUCCAGAGAGUUGUGACUGCAUUCAGACGGAUGUGGAGUGUGUGGCGGUCAACCUACAGGCUGUUCCACUUCUCUCUACAAACGUUACCUCUCUGUCGCUGAGGAGCAACGAGAUCCGAGUGUUGUCGGACUGCGUUUUCUCCGAGUAUUCUUACCUCGAGAAACUGUUUCUGCAGAACAACAGCCUACAGUUCAUAUCCAAACAUGCUUUCAGCGGCCUGCACAGUUUAAAGAAGUUGUUUCUCAGUGAGAACUUGAUAUCUUCCCUCAGUCCUGGUGUCUUCAAGAAUCUUCAUCAGUUAGUCUGGCUGAUUUUGGAUCAUAACCCGUUAAGCAACCUGUCGCAGGACGCUUUCAUCGGGCUCCAGUCGCUCAUGUACCUAUCCAUGGUGGGCACUGCACUGCAGCAGCUUCCACACCAGAGCUUCUGUCAACACAUGCCCGCCCUGGACUGGCUGGAUCUUGAGGGAAACCAGAUUCAAACUCUCAACUACUCGAUCUUGAAGACCUGCAGCAAGCUUGAAGUUCUAUUACUGAUGGACAACAGGAUCAGAAGUAUUCCAGAAAACACGUUCCAGUCUCUGUGGAAACUGGCUGAACUGAAUCUGUCCAGCAACAGGAUAAGAGAGCUGCCUAAAAACACCUUUAAGAGCCUCUCCAAGUCCCUCCUUAAACUAAAUAUUUCCCACAAUCCCCUUCUCCGGAUUCACCACAGCCACUUCAACCACCUGUCACAUCUUCAGUCUCUGGCGCUGGAGGGGAUAGAGAUCUCAGACAUCCAGACAAAGAUGUUCCUGCCUAUGAAGAACCUCUCCCACAUCUACUUUGAGACGUUCCAGUACUGCUCCUAUGCGCCUCACGUCAGGUCCUGCAAGCCCAACACAGAUGGCAUCUCUUCCUUUGAAGACCUGCUGGCUAACAUGGUGCUGCGGGUGUCUGUCUGGGUCAUGGCCUUCAUUACCUGCUUUGGUAACCUAUUCGUCAUCGGCAUGAGGUCGCUGAUACGAGCGGAGAACAACCUGCAUGCCGCCUGCAUCAAGGUCCUCUGCUGCGCAGACUGCCUCAUGGGCGUGUACCUAUUCUUCGUCGGUGUGUUUGAUAUCAAAUUCCGCGGGCAGUACAAUCGCAACGCGCUGCUCUGGAUGGAAAGCAUUGAGUGUCGGACCAUUGGAUUCCUCGCCAUGCUCUCCUCAGAGGUGUCUGUCCUCCUCCUGACCUACCUGACUCUGGAGAAGUUCCUGGUCAUCGUUUUCCCCUUCAGCAACCUGCGCCCGAGCAAACUCCAAACUGUGGUGGUUCUGGCGUCCAUCUGGCUACUGGGGUUCAUUAUAGCUGCGGUGCCACUGAUGAAUGAGGAUUUGUUUGGAAACUACUAUGGACGUAAUGGGGUCUGCUUUCCCCUGCACUCUGACAGGCAAGAAAAACCUACCGCCAAAGGAUAUUCAACUGGGAUUUUUCUGGGUCUAAACCUGGUGGCAUUCCUGGUUAUUGCCGUCUCCUACUCCAGCAUGUUCUACUCCAUCUAUAAAACUGGUAUCAAUGCCACAGAUCUGAGGAGCAGACUGCACAGAGAUGUGGCUGUUGCCAACAGAUUCUUCUUCAUAGUGUUCUCUGAUGCCCUCUGCUGGAUUCCCAUAUUUUUGGUGAAGACCCUCUCACUAUUGGAUGUGGAGAUACCGGGCACCAUCUCUAGCUGGAUGGUCGUCUUCAUCCUACCCAUCAACAGCGCUUUGAACCCCAUCCUUUACACCUUGACCACCAGCUUCUUCAGAGAGCAGGUGGAAGUCUUACUCUGUCGUUGGCAGAGGAGACACAUUCUGAAAAAAGACCGCAAAAGCCUCACCUCCUCCACGAUCUUCAUGGAGACGCCACGUCCUCCCUGUUACCAGCCACCAGCCUACGUCCAGAAGUCAGCACACGCCGGCGCAGAUCCCCGCUACGCCUGAACCGAGGCCGGGACCUUUCCUGGCGCUUUGUAAACCUGCCUGUCAACGGGCCUCUUGCCGGUUCUGACUUCACGCUGCUACGGGGAAGUUGCACUGCUUCAAUCAAGCUGACUUUCCAGUAGAACAAGAUUAUCAAUCACAGGCUCUGGCGUGGUCCAUAUUUGUAAAAAAAAAAAAAAAAAAUAGAAAAAGAAGAAGAAGAUAUAUACGGACGGGGACAGCCCUUUGGGGUUCAGUGAAGAUAGGAAUAACAAAGAAGCUGAUGAACACUAGCAGAUACUGUACAUUUCCACCCCGAGGAGCAUCACAACGGACUUUUGAGAGAGAGAAAACGAGAGAGGGGGAGAGCGAGAGAGAGGCACAGCCAAAUAUCUCCCUCAUCUCAGAGACAAUAUUUUCUACAAAGUGAAUUAUGGGUCAAAGUUCACUGAAUCACUGAGAAAUACUUCUUUUAACUGAGGAAUAUCUUCAAGGACAAAUGGUUUCAGUCUAAACUAAAAACAAGAGGCAAAAGUCUGGGAUUUCAUAAACUCACACAUGGUUUAUGGAAUUAUACUAUUGUCAAAAUACAAAUAAAACAUUAAUUAAUGGUCACAUAAUGAUGAUGUAGUUCAGCGGGCAUCUUUUUUCUUUCAUCUGCCAGUUGAAAUGUAGCAGGUUAAGAUUAGAGUUGGUUGAACAAUCGAAGGUAUUGUAAGGUUAUGCGAUUAAAAUAUUCCAUGACAUUUUCUGCUUCUUCUCUGUCUAUCUUUUUUAACUUUCUGUUGAAAUCUAUUGCACCUUUAUUGCCUGAUUUUACAGUGCUGCAUGAAAAAAUGUUAAAUAAAUCCCACAAAUUAUA